AUGACCGCCCACCCACUCGCGCCGAGGAGCCUCGCAUGCCACGGCGGCGCGUCGAGCCUGUGGCAGACGUCCCGGGGGGCAGUCGCGAUCCUUGGCCUCCGCGGACGCAGAUUAUGCCACUACUGCUGCACGACUACGGCGGGGCGCCAUCGCCAUUUGGGCCCCCAUUACCCCUACCACCAUCCCACCACCCCCAGCCACUCGCCCGUCCAGGCGAAGCUCUACCCCUCCACGACCCGCGGCCUCCAGAAUGGCACAUGCAAUCAAUGCCACACCAUUGCGCCGGACCUCCCGACGAGCCCUCGUCUGUCGCGUGGCCCGUCGCGGGUCCCGCGCUCGCGAACUCACAACGCGCCGCGCGCGUCGACUUCGCGCAAGUCGCGCAAGGCGUCGACGAGCCCCCGUGCUGUGAUGGCGCGCAGGCAGGCGGAGCUGGCGGGGAGAACACACGCUGCGCCGACGGCUGGUCCGUCGGGCAAGCGCACGCGCGCGCCGGACGAGGGCGAGGGGAGCCCGCAGAAGAGGGCGAGGAAGACGAACGCUGAUGGAGGAAUCAUCACUUUUAAACACGACCGGCCGGUGAGGAGGAGCGCUGCAGACGUCUUCGACGAGGGCUCGUCAUUUAUCGUCGAGGAAAUGCUGGCGCCGGCUGACGACGACGACGGCGAAGCAGUGGGCUGGGACGCCGACUCGGACGCCCCGGCUGUGGGCUCGCCGGCCAGGUUCGAGGAGACCUGGUCGCCCCAGUCCUUGGGGCAUGCGUCGGCAGGGCUCGUGGAAGGCAGUUCGUCGCCCGUGGUCACGGCAGAGAGGCUGCUGCAGCGUGCACAAGGCCUGGAGGAUGAUGAGGUUGAGUGGGCUGAUGAGAACGAGGUGCCGCGACCCAUGUUGGAGCGCAUCCCGGGUCCGCCGCUGAUUAUGCCCUGGGAGGCUGUCUCUCCUGUCGUAUCUGCGGGUGACCUCGAUGAUGAGGAGCGCUCGGUUGGAUGGCCGAACGGGACGCAGAGGCCCGGUGAAGAACACGUCAUACGCCAGAUGGAGGGCGUCCACGACGAAGGCGACGGCCCUUUCGACGACAUAUAUGCAGAGGAGUACGGUGCGACAAAUGCUGCACCCGAGGAAGACGAGGGAGAAUAUUUCGAGUAUGACAAGGAGCCGUUUGAGCAAGAGGACGAUGUCGAGGCUGGACGGGGUGAGCAUUCUUCAUCAACAGUUCGGCCGAACGAAGACUCACCCUUCACCCGAGCACGCCCAAGCAAUCGUGACAAGCCUCGGGACAGUGAAGCACGCUUCCUUCUCUCACCCCUUGUCGCUCCCGCCAGCCUCCCGCCUCCGGUCGUCUUCGAGGAGCAUCUCGCACAGGCUAUCCCGACGCCCCUCAAGACCGACAACCCCCGCAAAUUCCACGCCUUAUUCCCCGACCAGGAGCCCACCUCGCCUGACGGGCUCCUCCGCCAGCUCCGCUUGACGCAGGCCGAGGUCGGGCGCCUCGAGUUGAUCGAGGUCCGGUGGGAGCACGCGUUCCACGAGGCGCUCAGGGAGAUGGGCCGGCAGAACGUGCAGCUGCGGGAGCAGGAGGAGAGGUUGCGGAAGCAGGAGGAGACGAUGGCGGAGAACGAGAUGGUCGUGCAGGGCGCGCAGGUGGUGCAGCAGCAGAUGGCGGAGGAGCGGGCGGAACUGCAGCGGAUGGUGGAUGUGCUGGAGGGUCUCUUAAGCAAGGUGGAGAGGGAGAGAGACGCGGCGCUGAGGAAGCAGGCGGAUGAGUUGGAGGAGAUGCGGGCGCUUCUGGAGGAGACGAGGAGGGAGAGGGACGAGGCGCGUCAGCAGAUUGCGACGAUGACAUCGGGGAGCAUGAAGCGGAAAGGGUCACCUUGCGAAGACGAGGCUAGGGAUCCGUCUGAGCAGGAGACACGCCGGUCCCCGAAGAAAAUGAGGGGCAGUCCGCAAGCGAGGUUGGUCUACCAUGGAUCUUUGCUUGCUACGGAGGCGUAA